AUGAGCACAGCUGCGACUCAAACGGUUGGAAAGUACGUAAGUUUAUUUGUUUCCCACACCCAAAUCUUGAAAGCAGGACUGUUCUUGACGAGACAAUUGCGGUCCGUGACGAUGACGACGAAAAGAAAACAUCAACAACACCAACAAAGUGCUAACUUUAGUAUCAGCAGUUCCAACAACGCAGCCGAACAGAUACCUCAACUGCAUAAAAAGCUCAAGUUUGCUUCAGCUCCAGCGGGGCCAACUUCCGAUUUCCAUAUCAAAGUCGCCAAGGUACCCGAAGGUAAGAACUUUAAAAGCUAUCUUGAAGUUUACAACGACAUUGCGACUAAACUAGCUGAGUUUCCCAAAUACGACGAAAACGAUGGCUAUUAUGCCAUAUUGGUGAGAUUGGCGUGGCACACGAGCGGCACAUACUCCAAGGGGGACAACAGCGGCGGCUCAUACGGCGGCACCAUGAUUUAUCCGCCCGAGGAAAUGGACUUUCAAAAUAAAGGAUUGGAAGUCGCUAGAUCCUUCUUGGACCAAUUCCAAGCUAAAUACCCUUGGAUCUCGAGGGGCGACUUGUGGACUUUGGGCGGCGUGUGCGCGGUUCAAGAAUGUGGCGGACCCAAGAUUGAGUGGGCCCCCGGUAGAGUCAAUGACAACAAGGGGGUGUUUGUGCCUCCCAAUGGCAGGAUCCCCGAUGGUGGCGGCGAUGGUGCGUACGUCCGCAAGACUUUUUCGAGAAUUGGAUUCAAUGACCGCGAUACCGUUGCGUUGAUUGGCGCGCAUGUCCUUGGCAGAUGCCAUGUUCACAGGUCGGGUUACGAUGGGCCUUGGGGCGAUGACGUGAACCGAUUCACUAAUGAUUUCUUCCAGAGAUUAUUGCAGAAAUGGCACGUUAAGAAUUGGUCGGGGCGCAAGCAAUAUGAAGAUGACGCUACGAACAAGUACAUGAUGUUGCCUACUGACUAUUCGUUGAAGCAAGAAGAUUAUUUUAGAAAGUAUGUGGAGAUUUAUGCUAAGGACAAGAAACAGUGGUUUGAUGAUUUCGCUCCGGCUUUUGCCAGAUUGCUUGCUUUGGGGAUCACCUAUCCUGAAGGUACCGAGGCUAUGGUUUUCCCAACUUUGGAGGAUCAAGUGGGCGAUCCAGAAAUCUGGACCGACGACUAG